AUGGAAAUUUCUCUAAUCGUAUGCAUUGCAACCGCACAAACAAUAGAGUACUGUCAAUACUGUAACUCAUUAAACGAAUGUGAUAGCAGCUCCCCCUUAAACUGUGUCAAUAUUCAAACAUCUCAAUGCACAGCAUUCUCCGAUCCAUGUGGCACAAUAACCGAUCCAUUCUAUGUCUAUGUCGAUGAAAAUGCCAAUCCAACCAUUACUAUUCAAGUUUUUGGAGACGCAGCAUGUCAAAUCCCAAUUACCUCUCCAACACCAUACACAUGUGUUAGAAUGAAUUAA